GUGGGAGUGGGAGAAUGAAAGCAAUUGUUAACCAUUUCGUGUCUGCGUAUCUCAGGAAGAGGAAGUUCGUGCUUGAGUUUUGACACACGGUGAAACUCGGUGAGCCUAAAUCGAGACUCCUCACAAGUGCAGUGGUUUUCAACGUGGGCGACAGCGCGCUGAUAAAUGGGGAUGUAGAAUGGGAGCCGGUGGUUGAUCCCUAAGAAGCCUGAACCAGCUGCAUGGAGGAAGACGGCUGCUGCUACUGCGGGGGGCGGGCGGGAUUACAGCGGAGGAACACUUUCCAGCCUCUGCGGCAGCAAGAGAGGCCACCCCGGCGGAUGGCCCGGUGUCUGGCCGUGGCGCUCCUUCUCAUGGUCUCGUUAGCGGUGGCGGUGCUGGUUGUCGUCACGGUGGUGCAGGGAGGGCGAGGUCAGCAGUCCCCGGACACACAGCCUUUGAUGCAACCUCACAGCCUCUCAUCAGGUGACGGCAUCGAACAGCAGCAACAGAAGGACUUCAAGAAUCCAAGUGUGAUGCUAACAGCUCCUCGAGGCAACAACACGGUUGGGGAAUAUCUUGCAUGGGAGAGCGUCCUUGGAAAUGCUUUCUGUAACGGAGGUUUCAUCUACUCCAGCGGGGACCUGGUGGUGCCCAGGCCCGGCAUCUACAGAGUCUUCCUGCAGAUCACCUAUGAGAACAAGCAUCACUUCAACUGUCAUGGCGAUGAGCUGAGACUCAGCAACUCGGUGUAUGUUUUUCAGGAUACCUACCAAGACGAUGUGCGUCUCCUGUCCUCGAUGGAGACAGUGAGCUGCAGCAUGGAACAGUGGAGUAAAUCCCUGUACACGGCCGGCCUCUUCUACCUGGAGGCUAACUCCAAGCUACGCGUGACAGCACUUUACCCCCAACUUAUUGCUAAUACCAAAGAAUCCCAGGUUUUCUUUGGUGCUGAGCUUCUGCCUCAGUAAUCUGGUCACAAUCAAUCUGAUUUCACAGCUGUUUGCUCCUUCAGCUCCUUGGAAAGGAAGACACGAGUGCAGCAUUAUGAUUUCCUUUUACUAUUACUGCUCAUGAAAGCUCUAACCCCACUGAUGAAUAUGCAGCAGCAUGGCGCUCCCAGUAUCUGCUCCACUGUAACUUUAUCUAUUUGAAAUUAUAAACUGAGUUUGUUUUGUUUUUUAACUCAUUAAUAUCUGCUCACAGAGACAUACAGCGCCAAUAAUUUAACCAUGAUACACAAGUCCAAAGAGCACAUAUGUUUUCUUAACAGCAUCUCUGACAUUUGUAACUUCAUAGCCAUCUGGCAAAAUCAGUGCACUGUUAACUGUGUUGAAUAUAUUCUAUAACUUAUUUAAUGUUUGAAAUAAAAAUAAGCAUUUUGUCAUGA